UGGGAGAGGGGUUAACACCUUACGGGACACGUACACUAUACCAUCGCCGAAUUGUCGCCUCCACUCGCCGUUUCGUGUCCGGAACGCCAACCGUCUGUGGUUCUUUUGCACGUUUUUUCGACUUGACCAAGUCCUCGGACCAUCAUCAGAAAACCACCCACUUCCAAGAUGCCUGUUCCCGCGCAAUCCAAAAUUGUCAAGAAGGGAAACUCUGAGCCCGACCAGUUUGAGCUUUCCAUCGCUCAAGCCUUGCUCGAGUUGCAAAACAACAGCGACUUGAAAGCCCAACUCCGUGAGCUGUACAUCACCAAAGCCAAGGAGAUCGAGCUUUUCGGCAAGAAGAGCGUCAUUAUUUAUGUACCCAUGCCACAACGUGCUCAGUUCCAAAAAAUCCAAGCUCGCUUAGUUAGAGAACUAGAGAAGAAGUUUAGUGGCAAGCAUGUAGUAUUUAUUGGUGAUAGAAGAAUAUUACCAAAACCUACUAGGAAAACAAGAACAAAAAGCAAUCAAAAACGUCCAAGAAGUCGAACUUUAACUUGGGUGUACGACGCAAUCCUUGAUGAUUUAGUCUUUCCAGCUGAAAUUGUUGGCAAGCGUAUCCGAGUUAAAUUAGAUGGAAAACAAAUGAUGAAAGUUCAUUUAGACAAAACUCAACAAACAAAUAUAGAGCACAAGGUGGAUACUUUUGCAUCUGUAUACCGAAAGCUGACUGGCAGAGAUGUUACUUUUGAGUUCCCAGAACCAUAUUUGUAAACUUGAUUCAAUAAAAACAUUUUUGUUUUA